AUGAAGAAAACCUAUGUGCCUCGUGGCAAUGAGUGGGUUUCUACAAGCCAAAUUGAUAAUCUGUGGGAAUUUAUUAAAGCAGUAAGUAAUUAUACAGUGGACCAAAAUGGACUACUAUGUGCGUUCAUUUUUCAGUAUUUGAUUUGUUUAUUACUGCAUUUAUUAUCAUUUACAGACCUGCCAAACCCUGAUAAAGGAAAAUCAGGAGACCUAUGAAAAAAAUUAAAUCAAGAUUAAACGAAAUAUUUUUUCAUUAGAGGAAUUAGCUGUUACCAGCUUGCUUUAUUUUUGGUCCCUCUUUUAAUACCUUUGAUGAUUCUAUCUAUGAGGCUAGGGAUGAGGGCAUCACUUGGACGAAACUUACAGCAAAUAAGUGGUCGUUUCUUCUGGAUAAGCUAACGUCUCGGCCAAACUGUUCGACUGGUUCUAUCAAGGCUUAAACAGGCACUAGCAUUCCAAGAAAUUUCCAUUUUUUUUUUCAACAAGAUAACAUUUCAAUUCAGAAUUAUAUUCCCAAAACACCAUGAGAUUGUCUCGUCCUGAGGCCAUGAGAAAGGUAAAAAAUCUUGAGACUAACAGCAGAAUCAUGAGAGUUGGCAGGUCUGCAUUUAUCAGGAGUAGGCCCCCAGCUUUGGCUUUUUAACCGAAUAAAACAGAAGACAUUUUGCAAGGCCACCACUGGUUUCCCUGCAAAAUGACAGGGAAACCAGGCCAUGGUGGGGUAGCAAAAUAUUGUCUUUUGGUAAGCUUUCCAUACAGCCCGCACCUGGCUGUUCUCUCAGGCUACAAAGUUUUCAAAAAGUUAGUGAGACUUAAGAUAUUUUGCCAUUAUUUUGUUAUUGAUAUAUAUUCAAAUGAUUUUUUGCUAGGUGGACUGGACUGAACAUUGGUUAAUCGGACUGAUAACUUUUCAUGCCCUAACUUUCUUGUGUAUACUAUCAACCAGAAAAUGGUUAAAUUUUCAAGUUGUUCUGUUCUUGUGUUUAUGUGAGUAUUAACUUAAGAAAUGAGUACAAAUUUCAAAGUUAUAAAGUGAAAAGCAGGGAGUACAAGUUAACAUAUAUAGGAAACCUGAAUCCAUUUCAAGGAAGCUAAUGUUAAACUUCCUCUAGCUUUCUCAUCACAUAAAGUUUAAGGACCCCCUAAGUAGGUUUGACAGUCAUCGGCUGGCUAGGCUUGGAACAUUCAUGAAACCAGGAUGGCCGCCCAUAACGCAAAGUGCUCUAUCUCAAUGAUCUUACAGAAAAAUAGGGGACUCUGAGCAGUCAAGGCUUGAAAUAAUGAGAAAACAUUCAUAACUGAAGUGAAUGGAAUAGUCAGAGCGUUGACUUGGUUAAAAAAGGUGAUUUCUUGGAAUAAAUAGAGGGUUUCUCAGAGUCAAUAAAAAAUACUAGGCCAUACACUAGACAAAAUUAAGUAUGCAUUUUAUUCAAUUUAAUUUGUAAUGAAUUUUGUCUGUUAUAGUGGGCCUGGCAUUAACAUCAGAGCAGUUAAAUACCCUUGCUGCAAAACAUUGGAGGUUUGUUAAUCUUAUUGUUUUAAGUUACUGCAUCGAUUCUAAUGUUAUUACAGGGGUGAAAUAAAGCUUUAAGUGACCUCUGAUAAACUAGUUACACCAAAGGAGAAUAAAAAAUAAAAUCAAGGUUCAUGUUGGGAUUUAUCUAAUGCACCCCUUCAAUUGGAUUAUCAGAACGUAAGGUGCUUCUUUUUCAUGCUAUUUUAGCUUUCUGCCAUAAUUCUGCAGCAUUUAAAGUCGUAUUUGAAAUGACCUUAAAUUACCAGAGGUGCUGCACUGCUAAUAAAGCCAGAAAAAGAAGAAAAUAAAAAUACCAUUUUUUAAUGAUUCCAAACAAUUUUUCUUAGUUUAUUUUGUGUAAAUAGUGGUGUCAACUUGCUGAUUGUUUAAUUAAUUGCAGGAUGUUUUCCCAGGAGCAGUAUUUUGACUCACAUGGGCUUUUUAUUUCUGUGGUAUAUUCAGGGCCGUUACUUUUCAACUGCUUUCUAAUGACUGUAAGUUUAUUUAUCCAUUUUGUAAUGCAAAGCAGUUUAACCAUAAAAGCAAUAAUCAGUCUAGUUUCUAAUCUCACUCAGUGUCUCUUUUAACACUCAACAACUGGUUGCCCUUCUUGUUGAUGUUACUGCUUGAAAGUAGAUUCCAAUUUUUAACUGAGCCAGAAUAGCCAUUGACUAGCUAGCUAUUGGCUGAGCAAUAAUUAUUGCAGGAUUCUAGUGGUCUGUUUCUUGAAAGCUCAACAUCUUUUGGGCCAAAAGCCAAAUAUUGAAAUCAAAUUCUAAAGAAUAAAAGUGAGGGGUCCUGCUUGACAAACCAGUCUAUUUGUUAACCAAUAGAUUUACUGGGGAGUAAGUUCGGGGCAGCGGUGGGAGCAGUCACCUCCCACCAAUGUGGCCUGGGUUCGAAUCCUGGGGUCGACACCAUAUGUGGGUUGAGUUUGUUGAUGGUUCUCUCCUGUUCUUCAAGAGGUCUUUCUCUGGGUACACUGGUUUUCCCCUCUCCUCAAAAACCAACACUUUCAAUUUCCAAUUCGUUCUGGAAUGCACAGAUACAUUUCAGUGAGUUCUUAAGAAUUCGUAAGUUUUCUGUGGGUAAACAGAUUACAAUUUUUUUUCAUAUUUUCUGCUAAACUAUUAAAACCAUUAUUGAAACUUUAAUCUUAAAUGUAAAUAAAACAGCUUUCAUGGCCCAGUAAUUACCAGGACUUUUGAAAAAUGGACCCCAGUGUGCAUGAAUGUGACAGUAGCAUUCUACUAAUUUGUUGAUUCCAAAUUGAUAAGUUAAUAUUAUUGCCUUUGUUUUUUUUUCUUAUUAAUAUGUGCCUGGUUUUAGGCCAUUUCCUACUUCCAGAAACCCUGACUUUGACAGUGAGGCUAAGUGGUAAACCUUGCUUGUAAAAAUAAACUUCACUUCCAUGAGAGUAAAAAGUCAUUUUGAAAUCUAAAGCUUAAUUUGCAUUUACCCUGAUAUUAAAACAGAGGCUUGGGGUAUUUCAGAAAUGGACUUUUGACAUGUUUAGUCAAAUAUGGACUCAGUGAUUUUGCGUUAUGAUAUCAUUUAAAGGUGUUAUGUUAUCAAAUUAGUACAAGACUUAUUUAAGUUUUUAAAACUGUAGGUGCUGUGGCUGUGGACAGCUGGAAAAAUGCUGAUAGUAGUUAAGAGAGGUCAGCUAAAAGAACAGAGAAAAAAGGAAGCUGAGGAGAAAAAAGUCAAGUAA